AUGAAUAAUGAUUAUUUAUCAGCAGUACCUCGAGGGCAAUUAUUCGAUGCUUUAAAAAAGCUUGGUGUUACCCCUAGAUAUGAUGCUCCUCAGGAAGAACUUGUCAAUCUUAUCAAACAAAAAAUUCAAGGGACAGAUAUUCAGCGAGAUAAAGAAUUAUUAGGAGAAACAUUUGAUCAUCAUUUAGAUUCAAUAGUUAAUAAGCUUUUUAUUGCAUUAUUUGUUGCUUUAUCUGCAAUUGUUUUGAUAAUUGCUUUUAAUUAUUUGAAACCAUCGAAAAAAUUAUUUUGUGAUAGCGAAAAUCCAACCGGUUUGUGUAUUAAAUGUCCUUCAAAUGCAAUUUGUUCGGAAGGAAAAGCAAAAUGUCAUGAAGGUUUCAAAUUAAUGCACAGGCGUUGUAUAUACGAUGACGAUGACUCAAUAUAUAUAUCCAGUCUAUACGAAUAUGAGAUAAAACUGCUAGAAAAACAAGCAGGACGCUUUGAUUGCCGAUUAGAUAAAACAAAAUACAUAACUAGGAACGAUUUACUCAUCCAUUUGAUACGCCAUUCUAAAUUUAAGAAUGUCGAUAUCGAGUAUUUAUCAAAUAAAGCUGUUGAUCACUUAGUUUAUGAAAAUACAAUUGGAAAUGUUACAGAAGACAAUCAAGAAUUGUAUUAUUCCACCAAUAUGCAGAAACCUAUAUCAUGUAUUGUCCGCCAAGAGAUUGAAUCUCAUAUAUUUUUGACAAUUUCAAUCUCAAUAAUUUUAUUAUCAACGGCAAUAUAUAUUUACGUACAGAGUGUUAAGAAUAAUAGACGGAAACAAUCAUUUUUGUUCGUACAAUCAAUGAUAAAUAGCUACAGAAAUCAUCAUAUUCCGGUCAAUGAAGAUACGAUACGAUCGAACUUAGUUUCUAUUGAUCCAAAUCCAGAUUCUCUCAUGCCUUACGUUUUGGAGGAGCUCCGAAGGAAUCCGAAAGUUAAAACUUCAUAUAUUUGUGGAAGUUUAACUUUUAGAUUUGACCAAAAGUAA